AUGGGGGAAUCGCAUUUCACUGAGGACGGCGUGUGGCUCCGCGAUGCCGUGACGAGCAUGCACGCCGCCGCGACCCAACGGAUGCAUCUACUGGAGGAUCUCGCGAGACUUUGCAAGGCGCUUGCCUCGGAUGUAAAACACAUUUGCCUUCGAGAAAAAGUCAAAGGACUGGAAGAAGAGUUUAAUUUUGAGGAGUAUAGCCUCUCCGCACUGGAGACGCUGCGGCAGUUGCAACAGAAAUCCUUCCAGAAAGGGGUCGACGGUGACAGACGUCAUCCUGUUUUUUCGCGUUAUGACACUUCUUCGACCUCUGAGUCUGUGGGCUUCUCAUUGGAGUCUGCGGGAUUCCCUUUAGCGGGAGGAAACUCACGAAGAGAUGGCAAUUGCUUGACUGAAUUGUCAAGAGCAAAUGUGGAUUCGUAUCUUAAUAAGGAGCCGUUUCUUUGUUUGUCAGGGCAGGUUUCAUCAUCAAAAGGUGAGAAGAAUGACCUGCUAACCGAUGUAAUUCAUCGCCGUGACGCACUGCGGGAUGAAGUGGCAUCACUUAAGACCGAAAACGAACGUCUGGCGCUUUAUCAGGAUCAUCUGAAGCGCAGUGUACACUUUUCAGCACAUGCUGCUACUGUUGUGGGUAUGGAGCGGGAUGUUUUUACAGCCCUGAGCGAGCUGUUCAAUGCACUGCUCGAGACCAGUGAGGACUGGCUCACAUCUCUGCGGACAUCGGAAAGUUUCCCCGAGAGAAAGCACGAAAACAAUGACGCUUUCAGUGACACCGCCAGUUUGCAAUCGACAGAGGAGGAGGAAUUGCGGGGGAAGAUUCGGCAGCAUUGGGAGGCACAACGUGAGGCAGUGAUGGCCCGGCGGGCAGCCACCAUGUGGUCUCAGUCGACGCGGGUGGUGAUGGCAACUCUCCGUCAGGAGCUUCAUGAAAUGCAGAUGAACUACAAAAGGCAACGCGAUGAGGGACAUCAACAGCAGUUGUCGUGGCUGCGUCUUGAGGCCGCAGUUAUGAAUGCGGAGUCGAAGUAUUUGAAUUUGCGGCUGCAGUACGUCAGGCGGUUCAUGUCAGUUUUUCACCAUGCCUCUUCCGAGGGGAACGAUGAUGACGAUGAUUUUGCGAGAGAAUUGCCUUCUGAUGCUGCGUCGCAAAGGGAUCGCAUGGACAGGGCGUUUAUGCAUCUGAGGUCUAUUGUUGUAAACUACGAAACGGAUCUUUGCAAGUUGAAGCAAAUCAAACGUCUACUGAAGCGGUCUACCCCAGCGGGCUCCUUUUCCAGAGGGGAGCAGAUGUUCAAGGAAAAGCAUCAAGAAAUCAAGACGGCUAUUCUGCCAUGUCUUGCCUCUAGUGAGGGGAAAGACGCAUUUCACAGCGGUGUACAGCGCACCAUGCCGUGGCCAUUGAAAAUGUCGAGGCUUAAGAGCUCAUUCCCUUCGCAUUGUGUGGAGUCCGUCCAUAGUGCAUUGCUGGCGCUUAUUGUUCUUUGGGAACACUUCACCCCUGUGGAGCAGCAACGGGUGUGCGCGACGAUAGGUGACAUGGCAGUCAACGCCCACCUGCUUCUUAUGAUAGCGAAGUAUGUAAAGUCACGACGCCGUCGCAGAUAA